AUGGACUACGUGUGGAACCAGUUCCAAGCCGCGUAUCAGCGCAAAGGGUUCUCCGUGAUGGACGAAGGCGCGGGAAAGCUGUCGCAGCCGCUCAUGACGAGCAACAGCGAAGACGACGAGAGCGAAGACGACGACACGCAGGAGCUGAACGGUCUGUUGCCCCGUGCAGCGCUGCCGAAGCGCGUGGAUGAGGCGGCAGCGACGCGACGGAAGAAGAGGCGGCGCAAAGACGACGAAGAUCUGGGGGAAGUGGCUGCCGUGCGUCUCGCGCCUUUGCUGCUGCUGCGGUCGGUGAGCAAAGCGACAGUGUCGCUCUCGACCGCGUGGAGUCUCUUGCGGCUGCAUGCGCACCGCAAAAGCUCUGGCUACACGUCCAGGAGCUUGUUGCCCACCUCGGCGGCCACACGGCCGACAGCUCUCGCGCCGGAGACGGACGCGGCGUCGGACCGUGCGCUGGCGGUGCUGGCCGUCGUCACGCUGGGGGUCUGCGGCCUGUUGCUGCUCGGGGUGUACAUCCACACGACGUAG